AUGCCCCGUGAAGCUCGCCAUACCGUUUUUGAAUUUAUGCUUGCUUGUAUAACAGGACAAUAUGCUGAUUUGGGUAUGGCACGUGUGACAUUUUAUGCUUCUUUAAGGGCCUAUACACUUUGGGAAGAUUUUGAGGAUAUGUAUAAGGUUUUAUAUGCACUUUGCAAAGGCGGCAGAGAUAUUUCAGGCUUUGAAAAGAAUAUUUCGAAACUGUUAAUACAUUGGAUGGAAAUCGCCUUACAACAGCAAAAGCAACAACAGCAGCAACAACCGCAGAUAGCUGAAAAACCAAUCCCUUGGUUGAGUGAAGUACUACAUCUGUUGACAGUGAUAGCAAAGUUUAAUUUUGCCAUAUUUGAAGAGGAUGAAGUCGCCCAGGUUAUACUUGCAACCCAUAAAGCAUUUUUUAGCUCACAGCACACAGGUGAUAUUCAAGCAUGUUUGGAAUUUGCUGAUAUUGUAGUUAGAUAUCGAUUUGUACCAUUCGAAGCAUUGACGCCAUUCUUACAAAUGAUUGCUGCAUCGAUUGUUAUUUUGCCGGAUUCUCAGCAAAGAACAAAGUCAGGCAAUUUGCUGACUUCUUGGCCGAUUUUCCAUAACUUACUCAGAUCACAUUGUGCUCACUCUGCUAUAUUAAGCUUAUGCCGAUUACUGGAUCAGCAGCCAUCGAGAAAAGAUUCGAGGGAUAUUAUGAAAGGAGCAAUCACUCUUUUAAGCGAAACAGCCUGGGGUAGGAAUGAUAAAACAGGAGCAGAGACGUACACAGUAUCAGAUUCAGUCAUUCUGAUGUAUUUUAAACGAGCUGCCUCAAAGGAGAAUGACGGGCUCAAUGGCACGAUUUUGAAAUGCUUGAUACCCUUAUUGAAAUCAGACAGUUUUAACCUCGGUUUAAUGGAAUGGGAAGUAUUCUGGGAUAUUGUUGAUGUCAUCACGCGAUUUAUCCUCAAAAUAACAGAUAAUAACAGCAAUAACGAUGUUCAGUUGUUCAAUAUAGCCUCUGCUGCUACCUCAAGCUCAUUUUGCAUCCAACAAUUUUCGAUAUUUGUUGAUUUACUGAUAAAAUUACACAACGAGAAAAAUUACAAAGGGCCUGUAUUCCGAUUCAUGCAGGUCCUGCAUCAACUACGUACCUUCUGCUCUGACACAACAGCGACGUUAUUAUUAAAUUACUAUGUUACUGAACAUUCAUUUUUACCUUCUAGCCAUGAUUGGCUGACAUUGCUGAAAGAAAUCGCUACCACAUUUUAUAUUCAUGCAAAUUCAGUAACAACAACAUCUACCCUAAGAUUGACAAUGCUCAAUAUUGUGUCAGAUAUAUACACAGCCGUUAAGGACUUUUAUUCCGAAGUCCUUUUGGAAAAUAUCGUUAUUCCUAUGAUGGAAAUGUUACCCUCAGAAACAGAUAUCAAUAUUCGACAAACAGCCAUAGAUCUAUUAAUAUCCUCCUUGUCAGAUUGCCAAAAUGACCAAAUUUUUGACAAGCUGAUAUCCAUAUUACAGAAAUGUACGCGCUGUCAAUAUAUUGAUUCGGAUGCGCUGUCCGAAAGCGAAAUUUGCAAGGGCAUUGCUGCUGCAUGCGGCCUUACAGAGCUUUUUGAGAAUUUGUUAACAACAUCAAAUGCGAAAUAUUGUGCAAAAACAUUCAACAUUAUCACAGAGAUUGCUAAUGAUCGAGCGGAUCUUUUCUGCCCUUAUGGAGGCCCAAAAAUCAUAGCCUUGGAUUUAUUGUUGAGAUUAAGAUGCCCUACUAAUCAUCAUCUCUAUCUUAUUGAAGAUUGUGUAGAGGAAGUUGAUGGUGUCAUUGCCUUUGUACGGUCUAAGCAGCGAACAAGAAGGGCGGAAUUGGAGCAAAAAAAGAAGAUCAACACUUUUAUUUCUGUUACACCUGCUAAGCAACGUUCAAUAGACGAGAAAAUGCCGCUGCCCAGUACACAAAACAGCACAACAACGUUCUUUCCCGCACCAAAUAUUGUAUCCUACAGUGAGCAUACAGCCAGUGAGAAUGAGGCUGUAUUGGAUAUGGAUGAAAUGCUAAGGUCUUAUAUACGAAUAUUAUCACAUUCACCAAACUGGACUGUUAUAUCAUUUGUAUUGAAACGAUUACCACAGCAAUUGAGUAAUAAGCACUUAUUCUGCGGUGCCUCCAAUUAUGUAAACAAACUUCGCCGACGACUUGUAAGAUGGACAAGUAGCCGCAAAUUUCUAGAAUCGGUCACUAACUUACCUGCUAACAUCAAACGCAAUGAUCUGCUUGUCCAUGCUUACAGUUUAUUAACAGUCAUGAUUUCCUACCGACGCAUAUUUACCGAACCAAAACAAGAUCAGGAUGAAAUUGUAUAUGCUUUCUAUGUCGGCAUCAUGCAGGUAACGAGUGCCACGCGACUCUGUAUCAAUUCUCUCAAUGUUUGUUGUUAUGAAAUGCCCUUAUCAGUAACGAAGAUGUUGAACGAGAUCUUGCAGCGUAUGUCACAAAUCAUCUCUGUAGGCAGCGUAUCAGUUCAUAUUCUUGAAUUCCUGUCUUCCCUGGCGAGGUUACCAAAUUUAUACGCCAAUUUCACAGGAGACAUGUAUAAGCCUGUAUUUGCCAUUGCAUUGAACUAUUUGCAACACUCACAUUCUCAACAACAACAACCAUCACCUCUCAGCACGCCUUCUGCUUCACCUUUGUUGACUCAAGGCAUAUCUCAAAAGGAAGUGAGCCAAGAUGCAUUAAAACAGUAUGUAUUAACCAUGGCGUAUUUGGUGAUCACAGUCUGGUUUACAUCCAUUCCGCUUCGUGAACGACGCAAGCAUGUGCCUUUUAUCAUUCAACGCUUAUUAAGCGGUAUAUCAAUGGGUAAAUCGAUAGACGAGCAGACCUACACUUGUAUCGAUAUGCUUUCCCGAUUUACUUUUGCCGAUGUCAGUCUAGCGCCUGAGAAAUCAAUUGUUUCUAAAAUUUUGAUGGGUGAUGGCGAUGGUACGAAUACCCAAUUAUCACAACAACAACAACAACAACAAGGAUCGUCUAUAAAGCGAAGCCAGCGUACAUGGGUUUAUGGGCAUACUUUAUUGACAUUAAAAACAGCUAAAUCGACAGGUUGGAUAGAGAUCACUAUUCGUCGACCUUCUGGUACAGUUUCGAUGAUGUGCUACAUCGAAAAUAAACUUAAAUCCAACGAGAUAGAUUAUCGUACACUUCCUGCAUUGUUAAUGAUGCAAUAUCAGCCUGAUUUGAUGGCAGCAAAGAUUUUAAAAGACAGAAAGGAAGAAGAAGAGGCCGAUAUGAAGAACACAGUGCCUACGAAAGCUAUUGACUCAACUAUACACGAGAUUCUGUCAGAGCCCAAAGCAUGCAACGAUACCAACCCUUCUUUGAACAGCUCAGUUUCUUACUCACGAAAAAUAGAACAUACCAUUGACCCAGGCUUUUUAUAUCUGCAAAUCAAUAAUUACCCUGAUAUUGCUCGGUCAAUGGAGAUCUCUCCACCUUUACCAGAUGAUGAAGCUACAGCACGGACAUUGGCAACAUUUGAUCGUAUUCCAGUAGUUGACUUCCACAAAAUAGGUGUUCUUUACGUUGGUAAAAAUCAAAAAAAUGAAGUUGAUAUUCUUGCCAACACCUAUGGAUCACCAGAUUAUGUGAGAUUUUUGAAUUCAUUGGGCAACAUUCAACGCUUGAAAGGAUUCAAGGGCAAUACGGGUGGAUUGGACCGAGAAAUGGAUGUUGACGGUCGAUAUGCUUACUUUUGGAAAGAUGAUGUCACAGAAGCAGUUUUCCAUAUAGCUACACUUAUGCCAACAAACUUGGAUAGGGACCCUCAAUGCAGUGCAAAGAAAAGGCAUAUUGGCAAUGAUUACGUGUCGAUUGUAUAUAAUGAUUCUGGCGCAGAAUAUGCGUUUGACACCAUACCGUCCCAGUUCAAUUUCAUAAACAUUGUGGUAUCUCCGCAUUCGAUAUCGACGGAGGCUGUCUCGCCAUCUCAUGCAUUAAUUGGAGCAGAAUAUACUUUCUUUAAAGUAGAAAUGCAGCGUAGACCGGAUAUGCCUGAUAUUGGCCCAUUGAGUAAACCAACAUUGGUGAGUGCUCAAUCUUUGUCAGGAUUUGUGCGACAAAUGGCUAUUCAUGCCAACAUCUUUGCGCAGGUCUUCUGGCAAAGUGUCAGUGCAGGAGGAAAGAGAGAAUACGUGUCUCACUGGAGAGAACGUCUUAGACAAAUACAGCGGGUGAAAGAAAGAUUAGCAGGAAAGACAACUACAGCAGCAGUAGCAGCAUCAGCAUCAGCAGCGUCUACAGCAGCCAGCUUGGGCGAUCCAAAACCAGGAAACAAUAGUAAAGAUAAUAAUGCUAGUUUCUCCCAUGAAUCCCUUCUUGAUUUUACUAAAUAUACUUAA